GUCAGCGUUGUGGGCGUGGCGCUGGCAGGACCGAAAUCUGUGGGGCAUGUGAACAGCCUCAGCGGCAAGUGCUUUGAAUCCGACGGGAGUGGCUUCACCUGUGAUGCCGGUCCUGAGACAGUGGUCUGGGAUCCAGAUGCUCCCUGCGGAGACGGGAAAGCCUACAUUCACGCAGCACCCAAUGCAGGGAGCGCCCCCAUGACAGCAGGCGCAGGGAAAACGGUCCACACCUAUUUCUCGGCCACCGUGAAGAACCCUGAGCAGUUCGCUUCGCUGGUUGGCACCUGCGCUCCGUCCCCGGUGGCGAUUGGACCUAUGACGUCCUGGCAGGUGGCGGACACCCGGCGAGGUGGGAGGUGCCAGGAGGCAGCCUGA